AUGGCCAGCAGUGGGUUUAACCGUGUGCUAUCAAUUCAAAGCCAUGUCGUACAUGGGCAUGUGGGAAACAAGAGCGCCGUGUUUCCGCUUCAGGUGCUUGGCUUUGAGGUAGAUCAAAUCAAUUCGGUACAAUUUUCAAACCACACCGGUUACAAGAACGGUUUCAAGGGGCAAGUGCUGAACGAGAAAGAACUGGCGGACGUUUACGGUGGACUGGUGGACAAUGAUUUGCACAAACUCUACACACAUCUGCUCACUGGAUACGUCGGCAACCCGGCGUUCCUCCGCGAGAUCGCAACCAUUCUCAAAUCGCUUCGCAGCGUGAACGAGAAGCUGAUUUAUGUAUGCGAUCCGGUGAUGGGAGACGAUGGCAUAAUGUACGUGCCGAAGGAAUUGCUGCCCAUUUAUCGCGAUGAAAUUGUCCCGCUCGCUGACAUCAUUACACCGAAUCAGUACGAAGUGGAGCUGCUCACUGGAAAGCAGAUCAAAACGGAAACGGACAUUUGGGAUGCGAUGCAAUGGUUCCACGAAAAAGGUGUUCGAACGGUUGCGAUUUCGUCGUCGGAGUUGGGCGCAAAAGAGACACUGCUGGCGUACGUCAGUAAUCGUACCAACGCCGGAACGGAAAAGUACCGACUAAGCAUUCCAAAGCAGGGCAACAAUGUUAUCCGCUUCACCGGUACAGGUGAUCUAUUUGCAUCGCUCUUUCUGGCACACUCGACGCUGACGAACAAUGACAUUGGCGCUACGCUGGAACGCGCGAUUGCUACGUUGCAGGCAGUGAUUACGAAAACGCUAAGCUUCAUCCCGGAACCGGUACUCCAGGGUAAAGUACCUGUUACGUCUCAAGAACGUGAGCUGAAGCUCAUUCAAAGCAAGGCCGACAUUGAACAACCGAAGAUUACUUUAAAAUGUGAAAAGAUGUAA